CCUCUCUCUAACUUCCAUAUUCUCUCUCUAAAAUUUCAGAUUUUCUCUCUUUUACACUUUAGAUGGAAGCGCUUGCUCUUCUCAAAUUCUGGAGAACUGCUGCCGCCAGAGCUGACGUGAGCUCCGAGGGGGAUGACGUGCGCAAUGCGGCGUACGUCACCGACGACGAUGACUCCGACGAGGACUCGUUCUUCGACUUGGACUUCAAGUCGCCGGAGCGCGGUGGUGCGGCGGAGGAACGCGACGGAGAUUCGAAGAAGGAUUUCCAGUUCAUUGAAUCUCCGAGAGACGUUCUCCUAACUAAAAACGACGAUUCCUCGAAUUCAAAGCCGUUGUCUCCGGUGACGAUCCUCCGAUCAGCUCCGAAGUUUAAGGUCUUCAUGCUAGGUUUCAGGAAAUCGUCGAAAUGCGGCGAGACGAAGGCGGAUCCGGCGAACCAGCUCUCGAAAUCGUCGAAACUCGACCGGAGCAACCGUUUCUCCGCCAAUUGCAGAGUCGCGGCGGAGGCUCCGGUUCUCACCAGAGACAACAGCUUGAGGAGCAAAAUGAUGAGAGAGAAGAGCUUCGAUUACGAGACCGCUUCCGACGCCGGGUCGACGGAGAGAUCCGUACCUAGGUAUUUGAAAUUGAUUAAGCCUUUCUACGCCAAGGCUUCGAGUAAGGUGAAAUCGACGGAUUCCGUCACUCCGUCGUCUUCUCCGGUGACCGCGGCGGUUAACUUGUCUCCGCGGAAGUUUUCAGAAGGCAGCCGGAUCGGAAGCUUUAAGAUCGUGGCGCGGAAUUUAGGAAAGAGCCGUUCGGCGUCGUCCGCGGCGACGGUAGGCGUUGCGCCGCCGUCGAUCCGCCGCAGAGACGAUUCGUUGCUGGAACAGAACGACGGAAUCCAAGGCGCUAUUCUCCAUUGCAAAAAAUCACUCAAUUCUUCUUCACAAGAUUAUUCGCGAUUAUUCCCGCUGAGAAAUUCAUUCGAGGAGCAAAAGCGGUGCAGCAUUUGAACCGCAGCGGGAACGCAGAAAGCGAUGAUUUCAGCAUGACGUCAUAUUUUCCAGAGCUAUGAUGAUGAAGAUGAGAUUUUAUUAGGAUCUUCUUCAUGUAAAUUUAGGAGUAAAAAGAAAAAGAAAAAUUCAGAAAAUAGGAGGUUGGGCAGAGUGUGAAUGCCCAAUGAGUAGAGCGUAGUGUAAAAAGUAAGUUUGAAAGUCUGCCAAAAAUCAAACGAGGAAUUACUACGAAAAAAAGAAGAGGGAAAUAUGAUUAAAGAAGUUUGGUGUGGCUGAAUUUUGGAGGUGUCUUGGAUUGUAAUAUUUCGAGUUGUUUGUGUAUGUAUGGAUUAGUAUUUUCUACUUAAAAUUAAAGUCAUGAUAUGAUCA